GAAAUCCUAAGGAUAAAUGGAAGAUCCUAAAAGGGUUUUGUUUUUGUUUUUGUUUUUUUCUUUCUUACUCACCACUAUGCAAAUAAGGCCCUAAAUGUUUCUAGAAAAGACACAGGUCACAUCCAAAACAUUGGGACCUAGAAUGAUACUGAGCUUCUGUGUAGCAGCUCUGGGAGCUAGAAGACAAUGGAGCAUCACCCUCAAAAUUUUGGAUGGAAAAGUUUACUGACUUCAACUUUUAUAUUUAAGCAUGUGGAACAGGAGGAUUUUGUAAUGGAAGGGCAUGGCAAGACUCCACCUCCUGGUGAAGAAAGCAAACAAGAGAAGGAGCAAGAAAGGGAAGAACAGUUAAUGGAAGACAAGAAAAGGAAGAAAGAGGAUAAAAAGAAAAAAGAAGCCACUCAGAAGGUCACGGAACAAAAAACCAAAGUGCCCGAAGUGACGAAACCAAGUUUAAGCCAACCAACGGCCGCCAGCCCAAUUGGCAGCUCUCCAUCGCCACCAGUCAAUGGUGGCAACAAUGCCAAAAGGGUGGCAGUGCCGAACGGACAACCGCCAAGCGCCGCCCGCUACAUGCCUCGGGAGGUGCCACCGCGAUUCCGUUGCCAGCAGGACCACAAAGUGUUACUAAAACGUGGGCAGCCCCCUCCACCGUCCUGCAUGCUCCUCGGGGGUGGGGCAGGGCCUCCUCCCUGCACAGCACCUGGAGCAAACCCAAACAACGCACAAGUGACAGGAGCGCUGCUGCAGAGUGAGAGUGGGACUGCGCCAGAGUCAACCCUUGGAGGUGCUGCUGCUUCAAAUUAUGCAAAUUCCACUUGGGGUUCGGGAGCCUCCUCCAACAACGGCACCUCCCCCAACCCAAUUCACAUCUGGGACAAGGUGAUUGUAGACGGGUCUGACAUGGAAGAGUGGCCUUGUAUUGCCAGCAAAGACACUGAAUCUUCUUCCGAAAACACCACCGAUAACAACAGUGCCUCGAACCCUGGCUCUGAGAAGAGCACUCUGCCAGGAAGCACCACUAGUAACAAAGGAAAAGGGAGCCAGUGCCAGUCUGCAAGUUCUGGGAACGAAUGUAAUCUUGGGGUCUGGAAAUCUGACCCUAAGGCUAAAUCUGUUCAAUCUUCCAACUCUACUACAGAGAACAACAAUGGACUAGGAAAUUGGAGGAAUGUGAGUGGUCAGGAUAGAAUUGGACCUGGCUCUGGCUUCAGCAACUUUAACCCAAAUAGCAACCCAUCUGCCUGGCCAGCACUGGUCCAAGAAGGAACUUCUAGGAAAGGGGCAUUGGAAACAGAUAAUAGUAAUUCCAGUGCACAGGUUAGCACAGUAGGUCAGACAUCCAGGGAACAGCAGUCAAAGAUGGAAAAUGCGGGUGUUAAUUUUGUUGUCUCUGGCAGAGAACAGGCUCAAAUUCAUAACACUGAUGGACCAAAAAAUGGAAACACUAACUCCUUGAACUUAAGUUCACCAAACCCCAUGGAGAAUAAGGGAAUGCCCUUUGGAAUGGGCUUGGGGAACACCUCCAGGAGCACUGACGCCCCUUCACAAAGCACUGGAGAUCGAAAGACUGGGAGUGUUGGAUCUUGGGGUGCAGCUAGGGGGCCUUCUGGAACUGACACAGUCUCUGGACAAAGCAAUUCUGGAAACAAUGGGAACAAUGGAAAAGAGAGAGAGGACUCCUGGAAAGGAGCUUCUGUUCAGAAAUCAACUGGGUCAAAAAAUGACUCUUGGGACAACAAUAACAGGUCUACGGGUGGGUCCUGGAACUUUGGCCCCCAGGACUCUAAUGACAACAAAUGGGGUGAAGGGAACAAAAUGACAUCUGGGGUCUCUCAGGGAGAAUGGAAACAGCCGACUGGGUCUGAUGAGUUGAAAAUUGGAGAAUGGAGUGGCCCAAACCAACCAAAUUCUAGCACUGGAGCAUGGGACAAUCAAAAGGGCCACCCCCUCCCUGAAAACCAAGGCAAUGCCCAGGCUCCCUGUUGGGGAAGAUCUUCCAGCUCCACAGGAAGUGAAGUUGGAGGUCAAAGCACUGGAAGCAACCACAAAGCAGGAAGUAGUGACAGUCAUAACUCUGGCCGUCGGUCAUACAGGCCCACACAUCCUGAUUGUCAGGCUGUCUUGCAGACUCUUUUGAGCCGAACUGAUUUGGACCCCAGGGUGCUCUCAAACACCGGCUGGGGCCAAACUCAAAUUAAGCAGGACACAGUGUGGGACAUUGAAGAGGUGCCAAGGCCCGAGGGGAAAUCUGACAAAGGAACUGAGGGGUGGGAGAGCGCUGCCACACAGACCAAGAACUCAGGGGGCUGGGGAGACGCACCCAGCCAAAGCAAUCAAAUGAAGUCUGGAUGGGGGGAGCUCUCAGCCUCUACAGAGUGGAAAGACCCCAAGAACACCGGAGGCUGGAAUGACUACAAGAACAACAACUCUUCUAACUGGGGAGGAGGACGACCUGAUGAAAAGACAUCUUCCUCUUGGAAUGAGAAUCCCAGCAAGGAUCAGGGGUGGGGAGGUGGACGCCAGCCCAAUCAAGGAUGGACCUCUGGAAAGAAUGGUUGGGGAGAGGAAGUAGAUCAAGCAAAAAACAGCAAUUGGGAAAGUUCUGCAAGUAAACCUGUGUCUGGGUGGGGUGAAGGAGGGCAGAAUGAAAUCGGAACUUGGGGUAACGGUGGGAAUGCAAGCCUAGCUUCAAAAGGUGGGUGGGAGGAUUGCAAAAGAUCCCCAGCAUGGAAUGAGACAGGCCGACAGCCCAAUUCCUGGAAUAAACAACACCAACAGCAGCAGCCGCCACAGCAGCCACCGCCACCACAACCAGAGGCUUCUGGUUCGUGGGGAGGCCCACCCCCACCACCUCCAGGCAGCGUUCGACCUUCCAAUUCCAGCUGGAGCAGCGGGCCACAGCCUGCAACCCCUAAGGAUGAGGAACCCAGUGGUUGGGAAGAGCCAUCCCCGCAGUCAAUUAGUCGGAAAAUGGACAUCGAUGAUGGCACUUCAGCAUGGGGAGACCCCAACAGUUAUAACUACAAGAAUGUGAAUCUGUGGGAUAAGAAUUCCCAAGGGGGCCCAGCACCUCGGGAACCAAACCUGCCCACCCCAAUGACCAGUAAAUCAGCAUCAGUCUGGAGCAAAAGCACACCACCUGCUCCAGAUAAUGGUACUUCCGCUUGGGGUGAGCCAAAUGAAAGCAGUCCUGGGUGGGGCGAGAUGGAUGAUACAGGAGCAUCGACCACAGGCUGGGGGAACACGCCCGCCAACGCUCCCAAUGCCAUGAAGCCUAAUUCCAAAUCUAUGCAAGACGGCUGGGGGGAGAGUGACGGGCCAGUCACAGGAACUCGCCAUCCCAGCUGGGAAGAGGAGGAGGAUGGAGGAGUCUGGAACACCGCUGGCUCUCAGGGCAGUGCUUCCUCCCACAACUCGGCAAGCUGGGGACAAGGAGGAAAGAAACAAAUGAAGUGCUCACUUAAAGGAGGAAACAGUGAUUCAUGGAUGAAUCCUCUUGCCAAACAGUUUUCAAAUAUGGGAUUGCUGAGUCAGACUGAAGAUAAUCCAAGCAGCAAAAUGGAUUUGUCUGUCGGAAGCCUUUCAGAUAAAAAGUUUGAUGUGGACAAGCGAGCGAUGAAUCUCGGGGAUUUUAACGAUAUCAUGAGGAAGGAUCGAUCUGGGUUCCGUCCACCUAAUUCCAAAGACAUGGGAACCACAGAUAGUGGGCCUUAUUUUGAGAAGCUGACUUUGCCUUUCUCCAAUCAAGAUGGGUGCCUUGGGGAUGAGGCUCCCUGCUCUCCCUUCUCCCCUUCUCCCAGCUACAAGCUGUCUCCCUCUGGUUCCACACUACCCAACGUCAGCCUUGGAGCAAUCGGCACAGGGCUCAACCCCCAAAACUUCGCUGCUAGACAAGGCGGUAGUCAUGGUUUGUUUGGAAACAGCACAGCACAAUCGAGAGGUCUGCACACACCAGUGCAGCCACUAAAUUCUUCUCCCAGUCUCCGGGCGCAAGUGCCUCCCCAGUUUAUUUCCCCCCAGGUUUCUGCCUCAAUGCUCAAGCAGUUUCCCAGCAGUGGCCUGAGUCCAGGUCUUUUCAAUGUGGGGCCCCAGUUAUCUCCUCAACAAAUCGCCAUGCUGAGCCAGCUUCCACAAAUUCCCCAGUUUCAGUUGGCAUGUCAGCUUCUCUUGCAACAGCAGCAACAGCAGCAGUUGUUACAGAACCAGAGAAAGAUUUCUCAAGCUGUACGCCAACAGCAAGAGCAGCAGCUGGCUCGAAUGGUGAGUGCAUUGCAGCAGCAGCAGCAGCAGCAGCAGAGGCAGCCAGGCAUGAAGCACUCGCCCUCUCAUCCCGUCGGGCCCAAGCCGCAUCUGGACAACAUGGUACCCAACGCAUUGAAUGUGGGGCUCCCAGACCUUCAAACCAAAGGGCCAAUACCUGGAUAUGGUUCUGGCUUCAGCUCUGGCGGCAUGGACUAUGGCAUGGUUGGUGGGAAGGAGGCUGGAACUGAGUCUCGCUUUAAACAGUGGACCUCCAUGAUGGAGGGGCUGCCCUCUGUAGCCACACAGGAAGCCAAUAUGCACAAAAAUGGCGCUAUAGUGGCCCCUGGUAAGACCCGGGGAGGGUCACCGUACAACCAGUUUGAUAUCAUCCCUGGUGACACACUGGGUGGCCAUACGGGUCCUGCUGGUGAUAGCUGGUUACCUGCCAAAUCUCCACCAACAAAUAAAAUCGGAAGUAAAUCCAGCAAUGCCAGUUGGCCUCCAGAAUUCCAACCAGGAGUGCCAUGGAAAGGUAUCCAAAACAUUGACCCUGAAUCUGACCCCUAUGUCACCCCAGGAAGUGUGCUGGGGGGCACAGCCACAUCUCCCAUUGUAGAUACUGACCACCAACUGCUGCGGGACAACACCACAGGGUCUAAUUCUUCCCUCAACACCUCGCUGCCUUCACCUGGUGCCUGGCCCUACAGUGCCUCUGACAAUUCCUUUACCAACGUUCAUAGCACUUCAGCAAAGUUCCCUGAUUACAAAUCAACAUGGUCCCCAGAUCCCAUAGGACACAAUCCCACUCAUCUCUCCAACAAGAUGUGGAAAAACCAUAUUUCCUCCAGGAACACUACACCGCUGCCCCGCCCACCUCCUGGUCUGACCAACCCCAAACCGUCAUCUCCCUGGAGCAGCACAGCACCCCGAUCAGUCAGGGGGUGGGGGACACAGGACUCGCGGCUCGCCUCGGCCUCUACCUGGAGUGAUGGUGGCUCAGUUCGUCCUAGUUACUGGCUGGUUCUUCACAAUCUCACUCCACAGAUUGAUGGGUCAACCUUGAGAACGAUCUGCAUGCAGCAUGGCCCACUGCUGACAUUCCAUCUGAAUCUAACCCAGGGCACUGCCCUGAUCCGAUACAGCACCAAACAGGAGGCAGCCAAAGCCCAAACUGCACUGCACAUGUGUGUGUUGGGAAACACUACCAUCCUUGCUGAGUUUGCCACUGAUGAUGAAGUGAGCCGCUUUCUGGCACAAGCUCAGCCCCCUACACCUGCAGCAACCCCGAGUGCGCCAGCCGCAGGGUGGCAGUCGCUGGAGACCGGCCAGAACCAGUCAGAUCCUGUGGGACCUGCUCUGAAUCUUUUCGGUGGGUCCACUGGGCUCGGGCAGUGGAGCAGCAGCGCUGGUGGCAGCAGCGGGGCCGAUCUUGCUGGCGCUUCGUUGUGGGGGCCCCCAAACUAUUCUUCUAGCUUAUGGGGAGUCCCAACGGUGGAAGAUCCCCAUAGGAUGGGCAGCCCUGCUCCUUUACUACCUGGUGACCUUCUGGGAGGAGGGUCGGAUUCAAUCUGAACUUAGAACUUUCAACUCUGACCUCGUGACCUUUUUUGGAACAGCAGCAGCACUAACUUGACCUUUUCGUUUUUUUUUUCAACUUGCAAUAAAUACAUUUUUAAAAGGAAAAAAGAAAACGGAGAGAAAAAAAGGUGGGUCAUUGACAGACUGUCUGAGCACAUAGUUGCCUCCCUUAUAACUUCAGUUUUUUCGUUUGGAAUAUGAAUCCAAAAAGAGAACAUAUCACUCUUGAAAUACUUGAAUCAUGAACGCCAACCUAGAAAGACAAUGUGAAGCAAGUACACAUACCAUUUAAAUUUAAACACAAAAAAAUUAAAAAAAUUAGUUUCUAGUUUUUCACUUUUUUCAUGUUAUAUGGAAGUUGUUGCUAAGAAACAUAUAUACUGAAAAAAAAAUAGCUUUUUAACUUUGUUUGCACUGGGUGUGUUUCCGUCCUUAGGUCUACCAUGUUUUGGGAGGGAGGGAAAUUCAAAAGAAUUGUUGGGGGAGGGGGGAGGGAAGACUUGACGGAGCCUCACUUUAAAAACAAAAACACAUAAAACCUAAAAAAAAAAAAAAAAAAAAAAACAAAAGAGAAAAAGGAAAAAAUUUGUGAUUGGCUGGUUGAUAAAUACCAGUGUGUUCUGGCACAUGUAACUGCCCAGGCAUGCUCGUUCUGGUGUGUGUGUGCACGUGUGUUCAUGUGCAUUCGCGUGCAUCCUUCUCUGUCUCUGUGUGUGUACCUGUGUUCUUCCCUUCUCCCGCCGCCCUACCCCGACUUCUCAGAAAGCUGCAUCGCUGACAGUCUGCAGGCUGGCUGGCCGGCCAUCUGCUUUUUAUUUCAUUUUUUUUUUUUUUUUUUUUUAACUAUGAGAACACACAGGCCCGGAGAGCCACUGCUACUAAAGCAACUCCAUUGGGCUGCACUAAGAUGAACAGAGCGCUUUUUAAUGAUAAAGCAGGGAGUUCCUUUCCAUUUGCAACUUUAGCCUGAAUGCGGGGUUUCUCUGGCUGUUCUUUUGACCUAGCAGUAGAGUGGAGCACUGCCAAGUCCAAAAAAACUAGUGCAGGAGGUACCUCGUGGAGCAGCUGUGUGUUUAUUUCUGUUUUUUUAAAGUGAAUGGCCACCAGGCACAUCUGAGUAUUUGUUAAGUUUCAUGCAGGCCUUUUCGUUACUUUGAAUGGGAAUGGAAGAUAGUUUUUGGUUAUACGAUGUCUCAAAAACAGAAAAACCAUGUUCCCUCUUUCCUUAUGAAGAGGUUUGGGAAAUUCAUCAAAAAACUAAGUGAAGUAUUUCUGUUGGUUGGUUCUCUUUUUCAUUUUAUGAAAACAGAAAAUAAUAAGUAGUGAGCAGCCUCCUGAAAGCAUCUGCAGCUACUCCCUCUGCUCCUCUCUCGCCGAGCGUUACCUGUGCCAGGCCGCGGCGUGUUACAGCACCAGGCCAUCACUGACAGAAACGUUUACUUAACGAAUGUUCUUAAACCAGUGUGUACUUCAAGCGUUUCCUUUCGUUUCUCUGUGUUGUGUAUUUCCUGUGUAUGUGAUUUUGCUUAGGCAGGUAUAACUUAGCAAAGACUUUUAAGUAUUGCACCUUUUUUUUGGUUUUGACCUCUUUCCCCCCGGCCCUCUUGUAAUUUUGCUUUUUUUAUUUCGAUAUUUAAAGCCUUUUUUUUUUUUUUUUUAAGCAUCAAUGUAGUAGUACUCUGGGCUGAACAGGGGGCAGCGUUUAAUCCAUAGUUAUCACCAACAUGUAUGUACUUAUGUUGGAAUCAAAAUGUAUCAAACCGCUUAUUGUGAAGAGAAUUACAGCAGACCUGAAGGGGGGUACAAAGCAGAUGGGGUGGGGGGAUGUAUGCCGGCGAUGUGCUAGCACUUGUGUCGACAUCCCAGUCUGCAUUAUACUGUUUAACAUAAAGUGCCGACAUUUUGUACCAGCAAAUACCUGCCCAUUCCAAUCCUUGGUGGGAGCAGACCUCUACUGUCCUCUGUAACUUGCUGCUAUUGAGGACAAGGGAGUUUUUCUUUCUUUAGCAUCUUCAGUGAAGGAUACAACAAUGUCUAAUGUAUUUGACUUAGCUUGUGUCUGUGUGUAGAUGGGUGAGUGGGUGUGUAUAGGAAAAGCCUAAAACAAGUUAUUUGCAUUUCAGUGGUUUUGUGAGACAAAGAAUGGGAAAUUCUGUAGCCCUUCUGGGUUACCCUGUUGAUUAUAAACCUAGCCUCAAAAGAGAUUGACAGGCAUGACUCAAGUGAGCGUUCACGUGUACAAGCCUGCAUGAGCCCUCUGUGGGUAGGUGGUCACACUUGGCGUCUGCAGCGUUGACUCGGCCCCACUGGGUGCCUUGAGCAUGCCCUCUUCCUGCUUUCCAAUUUGAAUCACCACCGUGCCCCUUCCACCACUGUUCCCCAUACAAAAGAUCUUCCAGCAGCCCCCACUGACUGCUCUCUGUGUGGAGCAAAGUGCUGUCAAGCGGUGGCCACCAGGUGAAGAGCAGCUUGUUUUCAGACAUCUAGAGAAGGCUAAAUCGUAGUGUCCCUGGGCCGGGAGCAUGUCCCCAGGCUCCCGCGAGCCAGUGGUGACCCUGUCCACUGCCGCUCUUGGUUCACUGCUGUGUCCUGCCCUGCCCACCUCUCCUCCUGCCUGUUGGUUCCUUGACCUGCACUAUGGGUUAGUUGAGUUCCUUACGAUACUACGGUGAAAGCCGGGUGCUAGAGCCCCUCUUGUUUACAAGACAUAAUGAGGGAUUUGAAAUAUGUAAAAAUAAACAUGAGAAGCUAAAAUGUUCUUCCAUCAUAAGCUUAAAGGGAAAAAAACUAAAAACUUUUAAAAAAAAAGACCAAAAAGUGCGUAUAUAUAUAUAUCUAUAUAUAUACAUAUAAAUAUAUAUUUUAGAUGAAGACUAACUCUGGGAGCAUUUAACAGUGUUUUUUGUUUCUGUUUUUAACAUUUAUUUUCCUGCUUUAAAAUUUGCAAGCAUUCUCAGGAAUUCUAGGGUAGGAAGCCAGUUUUUUGAAGAUGGUUUGUUUAACCGUAUCUUAUCCUAGUUAGAUGGCUGUUUCUUUCCUGUUAAUAAACUUUUACAAGUUCCUGAAACUUCAAAAAGUUUAAACAAUUUUUACUUAAAAAAUGUAAAAAGAAAAGUCUCCAAACAUUAUUGUCAUACUGGGGAAUCAUUUUAAAACACAUAGAAAUAUUUUUUAAAAAUUAUCAAUUUAGCAGCAACAGGUAAAUUCAUUAUCUUAAAAAUAUGGGAGAAGGAUUAAGCUUUGUAAGAGCUCAAUCAUGGAUUUGUUUGGAGUUGUGUGUAGUUUAAUUGGAGAGCGUUUGGUGUACACAGAUGAGAAUGCCAUCACUUUGUUCCUUUCCAUUUAAGACUGAACUGAAAUCCCCACUAGUAAUUUUUAUUUUUUUAAAGGACCCCUUCUCCCUGUCCCCACAACCCCAGCAACAAAAGAAUGAAAGGAAGGAAGGAAGAAACAACAGCUUAAAAAAAUAAGUAACUCUAAUCUGUAAAAUAGUACAGUUGGAUUGCUGAGAAUCUAUGUAAAGAGUUAGGAAAUAUAGGUUAAUAAUUUUUGGAACAAAUUUUAAAUAUAGGCAUUACUAGAGGAAAAUUAUCUAUGGACUGUUCUAUUAAUGAAGAAUGUCUGUCUUAUCUCCGUUUGUUAUGGGAGGAGGAGAACAUAUACAAGAAUCUAAUAAGGAACAAGUGAUUUUACUUUUUUAGCUCCCAGCUACUGUUGUGCUCGUUUUAAUUGCUGUUUUGAAGAUCUGCUGCUUAAUUAUCCCCAUCCCUUAGCUGGAGGUGUGGAGUAUUUCCUUUCAGUUUUUGGUGAUGUUGAAUUCUUUUGUAUUCCCUCCUGGGGCCAGGGGUCAGAAUUCCCAAGCGUGACCACAGCUUCUUUUAAACAUUAAGCUUCCCAGUGGGAAAGAAACUCCAGCUCGACAGGUAAAGGGAGUGGGUGGGGUUGCUGCCUGCAAUUUCUCUAAAACCACUUUAGUGCCUUUGUACAUACACCCAGACAUCCUGAGCAGGGGGAGGCGCAUGCAUGUGUGCAUGCGGUCCAGUCACUCCACAAAUGUAAGAUACUUGCCCGGAAAGGAAAUUGGAGUGGUUCUGGACAGGCCCCAAAGGCAGUGGGCUAAAUUUAAAAUAAACAAACAAAUGUCAAGUAAGCUAAAUAGGCUUUUAUGUCUCAAUAAUGUGGAAUGCCAAGUUCCUUCCUUGUGUCGUGCGCCCUCCAUUACCGUGCAUUGACUUCUCCGGGUGUGUAAUUGUGACAACCGCGGUGAUUUGGAAAGUCUCUUCAUGUUGGGCCAAUAGAAAGGGGUUCCUGUUGUUCUGCUCUUGUCCUUUGUCUCCUCCCCCUUUCCCCCAGACCUCCCCCUUCUUUUUGUCAGCUUGCUGGGAGCUUUGCUUUAUUGGUUGGCAGUGACCUAAGAACAGGAUAUAGUGAGGAUAUCAUGGGAGAGAGAGCUCUUCCCAUGGUGUUCUUUGGCAAGAGCCAUGUCUACUAAGAGGUUAGGUGACUUCAGUACACUUAGAAAAUUCAGUGAGAGUGCCUUCUCUUCCACCACACUCUGGCAUAGAUACAGGCUUGCUGGUCACCUCUCAUUAUGUAGAUUUAUUUUUAAAACAUUUUGAUUUUGUUAAUUUGAGCUUUCCUUUUUUUUUUUUCACUAGUUAAUUCUUUUUUAAAACACUUGAUGACUAGUGGCUAGAGAUGUGUACAACUCUUGAACAUCACAGACUUCGUUCCUACCUACCACAUGAGCAACCAAAAGAAAAGAAGCACUAAUAGUGAAAGGGGUGUCUCACAGCAGAUAGAGGACCCCUAUUGUCAGUUAGAUCCAGUGCUGUGACCUAACUUUAGGGGUUGAAAAAAGUUCAGCUCUCUGAGACACUGUGAAGAAAUGGACGGCUCAUGGAACAUCUCUGGUCCCUCAGUCCCUACCCUUGGACGUGUUUCAUUUACAACAUUCACAGGAGUUAACUAAGCAAUGUUGCAAAUUAAGGUUCCAAACCAAAUUAUUUAAUCAGUGUCCCCGCAAUAAAUCAUUAUCUAUCUAUUGCCAGUUAGUUUUAUUUAUAGCAAUUUGAUUUUCUAGUAGUAUGGCUCCUGUUCUAAGAAUUUUCCCACCUCUUCUGACAUGAAUGUAGCAUAAGUUAGCAAUCGGUUCUUCCAAACUUCUGUGGGUUGAAUAUGGCAUAUAAGAUACACAAGAGGAAAAAGAAAGGAGAAGAUAAAACCCCUGCCUGAGCAUUUGGAAGCACCUUUAUUAAUACAUAUAUCUCUCAGAAACUGAAAGUUCAUGGGCUGUUAACUUUUUGCAAAUAUUCACUCAUUUUUACUACUUAUUUUGGAGGGGGGUGUGAUUUUUGUAGGGUAAACAGCCAGAUUCCAUUUUGACCUCAAAUGCUGUGUACUUUUAAAUCUCAUGUUUCAUAUUCUACCAUCUUGCCUCUUCUCUAAAACAGAAAGAAAAUGUCUGCGUGCUGAGCAAAAUGCUUACGCCAAGCCUGUUUUUCCCUGCAGAGUAAACAGGAUGUGUUCAGCAAACUUGGCUGUAAUAGCCAUCUCUAAGAUUAGGGAACAAUCGAGUCUUUAUAUAGAAAAGAUCCCUUUUUUCCCAUCUUCAGGGUUAAAAUUCAACAUUUAAAGCUUUAUAGGUUAUUGUUUUAGAUUUGAGAUUUUUGGUUUUGUUUUUAAGUAUCUGUAAGGUCUUCAGGAGUAAGAUAAAUUUUUAGCUGGUUAAAAAAAAUCAAACUUUCCUCUCCAGUGUUUUUGCCAAGUGUUGUCACACUUCAUGUGUAUGCAUUAACUACACUUCUUAGUGUUACU